UCACAAAGGCCACAAAAAAGUAACUCAGCCUUUGGAGCUUUGGCUUCACGUGUUCAUCUUUAUGGCUCGCAAUCAUUCACUUCUCAAUAGUAAAUCAAGCUAUCGUGCGCCAAUCGAGGCCAGAAUCAACGAUGCAUCCUUGAUCGGUUCCUUUGAGCCUGGCUGAAUGCUGAUGUAUACUCUCGCGGUUCACGUUAGCGAUUUUGACUCGCCAAUGGUUGAUUCUGACGGCUGAAAUGGAAACCGAUGGUGGUUAAGUUCUGCUGAGAGAUCUUCGUUCUUUUUGUCUAUCAGACUGACAACACACGACGAAUCCGGCUUGUUCUUCAAGGUUUUAGUAAGAUUGAGCUAUGGGGAUGAUGGAUGAGAAUGCUUGCAAUCAAGAAUCUCAAGGACUUGAAAUGCAAGAACUGGAGAGUACUAUGAAAACUUUGACCAAACUGGAAUUGAACUUGGCGUAUUCCUCGGAGAAGUUGACGAAUCUUCAUGUGCUUUUAAUGUGCCUAAUGGCUCAGGAGAAUGAUUUUGAGGGAGUGGAUCUGGAGAAUGAUUCUAUCCCAGAUGAUUUGUUUGAGAAGGUGUUGGCAUUUGAUUUCUUGUCUGGCUUUUUGGACUCUGAGGUAAGAGAGCUGGACAGUAACAUGGAUUCACUCGAAGCGGAAAUAGUUGAUUCCCGUGGAAUGACAUCUUCUUGUAGACAAUCAAGUGAAGUUUUCAAUGUAGUAGAAGAGAAAUUGAAUGAUUCUGAAAGAUCGAUCGUUCAAUCCCGACAGCAGAUUUUAGAAGUGAAGAUGCAGUUAGCCAAAUUGCAGAGAAUGGUUUUAAGCAGUGGAAAUUGGAGAUUGGAGGAUCCUGUGAUGUCGUACCAAAAUGAUCAAGUUCUCAACAUUAAUGGGAAAUCAAAUCCAAUAACUGAACAACAAAGACAUAUUCUAAGGAUGCUAGAAAAAUCACUUGCAAGGGAGCUAGAUCUCGAGAAGAAGUUGUCAGAAUCGAAGCAACGGGAAGAGGAGCUUAGAUUGAAGCUACACUAUACCGAACAGGUUACUUUGAGAAUGGAAGAGGCUGCAGAAGUCGUUUGGGGUAGGUUUCUAGAGGCCGAUAAUAGUGUCGAGAUUCUCAUGGGGAUUUCAAAGGAAUUAGUUGGCCGCCUCCAGCUCGUCCAAUUCAAUCUACAUGGUUCAUUUCAACGCGAAAACGAGAUCAAAGAUAAAUUUCAAGAUUGGACGGAGCAGCUUAAAGCAAAAGAAGUGUCGAUACAGAAGCUCGAGAAAAGGAACGCUGAUCUAAUUGCCAAGAAUGCUGAACUAGAUAAAUUGAGGGAAGAAGUGAAGUCUCUUGAGGAUCAGGUUAAAGAAUCUAAGCUUGAUCUGAAAAGUGCAUAUGACUCGAAUGAAGCAAGUCAAGAUCAGCUUAUUGAAAUGGAAAAUCUUAUUGAGUCACUGAAAGAGAGCAUCUGCAUAUCAGAAAAUAGAGCAGAGAAUGUUGAAGCCAAGCUCACACAGCUGCAAGAGACGAACUUAGAACUUACUGAAGAAGUAAGUUUUCUUAAAGAUAGUGCAAGCAACAAAGAGAAAAAGGUUGGUUCACUUGAAAAACAGUUGAGGGAACUAGAGAUUCAAUUGCAGCAUGCAAAAUCAUCAUCAGAAGCAAGUCAGGAGCAACAAAACAUGUUAUAUUCUGCAAUAUGGGACAUGGAAACUCUAAUUGAAGAACUUAAAUCCAAAGUUUCCAAAGCUGAAAGUAAGACUGAUAGUGCAGAGGAGCAUUACAUUAUCCUGUCUGAAACCAAUUUUGAACUCAAUAAAGAACUUGCUUCCCUCAAGGCUCGAAUCGAGUUCUUGGAGAAAGCGUUGGAUCAAGCCAGGAGUGCAAAAUUUACGAACGCAAACGAAAUUAACUUGAGUACCAAGUUUAUCAUGGACAUGGUGCUCCAACUAGCUGUCGAAAGGGAUCGCAUUCAGAGUCAGCUAUCCCUCUUGACAAAUGAUAACAAAGCUUUAAUAGAGAGAUUGAAAAAUGUAAAAAAUGGCGCAUCUGUAGUAACACGUGACAGAGGAGACUACGACGAGGAGCAACGGUCAGCUCCAAUGAAAGAUGUAAAUAUACUGGCUCAAUGAUGUGUAAGGAAUCUUGUAUGGAGUCUUUGCAGAAAGGUCAAGAGGCAGAUUACUAAAGGACCUGAAGCCACACCCAAGUGCUGGGCUGAAGGUACUUCUUCUGUAUCCAUAAGUUAAAAUGCUGAGAAUUUCGUGUGUAUUAUUAUUAUUAUUAUUUUGUCACUUUUAUCAUUACUUAUUUCAGUAUAACUGUAUUCUUCUAGCCAGAGUGUUCCCCAUUCUCUGGUUCUUUGUGGUUAAGAUUUUCAUGGCCUUUGGAUCCAAAAGAAGAAAAAAGGUUGGGAGAGAGCCUAAGGUAACUGCACAUUGCCCCCUCAUGUAUUCCAUUAUUGUUGUCAAAUACAUUUGUUUUAGGUUG